AUGGGGGCGCAGUCCGCCCUCAUCGAGACCUUCCAGUCUGCAGGAAUCCGUGCUCUCGAGCUGCUGGCGCUGCGCCAGUCCCUGAUCUCGGCGGUGCCCCAGUGCCCCGCGGUCUCGCUGGCGUGCCCGCCCGCGAACGUCUCUUGCCCCGUCCAGGUCUGCCCAGCGCUGGCCUGCCCGACCCCAGCGUGUCCCGUGCCGCUGGUGGAUCUCUCCUGCCCGCCUGCAGGAGCGGAGCUCGUCCCUGACGGGCUCGACAUCCCCUCGGCCUGCUGGGGAUACCUGGCAGGAGCCUCUGCGGGGCUCGGGCUGGGCGGCGCACUCUGGCGGCGGGGCGGCCGCGUCGACGCCGAGGCGACAGGGUAUGACCUGCCUGGGGCGCCGGUGUAUCAUGAGAGGCUCGUGACAGGGGUCUCGAUUGGGGAUCCAGGUCUUGUCAGCACGUUCUCGCCAGACGGGGACCACUACGCCGAGUACACGACGUCCGACGACCUCAGAGAUGUGCGGUGGUCGGGAGCGCAGGGCGCCACCCCCCCUGGGGUCAACCCCGCCCACGUCUACCGCUUCCGACAGGUGCCAACGGCGGCCGAGGUCCAGCAGCUGAUCCGCGAGGGCUCGCUCCUGAUCGGGGGGGUGGCGCCGCUUGCUGCCGCUGUUCCUGCCGCCGCAGCGGCGCCCGUGGCGGCUCCCCCCGCGGCGGCCGCACCGCAGGGGGCCAUCGUGCCUCGAGGCGCUGGCGUGGUGGGAGGGGUCCCCCGCGCCGGGGCCGCGGCCGCCCCCACAGUGGCUGGCACAGUUUGGCUGGCUAUUGAGGACUUCCAGGGGAUGCGGCGCGGCGAGCAGAUGCCUGAUCCUCUCCCUCAGGGUGCCGUCGUACACGGGGAGAUGGCGCUGGUGCCUCAUGGAGGGGGCUUCGUCGGAGCGCGCCAGGUGGCCCUAGCCGACGUGGAUGCCUUCGUCGUGGACGACCUGCGCGUGCUGCCUGUGCGUUUCAACCAGCAGGGGGCGCGCCGUCGCCCUUACAGCGAGGCCGUGGACAUGCAGAUCGUGGAUGAGCCUGAGGGAGGCAUCAUGCUGCAAGGCCCUCGCACUACGGAUUGGGUGCUGAGGUCGUAUCGGGAUGCCGGGCUCACGCCAGCCUGUGGUAGUGACAGUGGACGCCCUCCUGGGCUGAGUGCAGCGGACGAUCGCCAGCGUGAUCUGUUCCCGCUGCCCUCCAUUCAGCCGACUCCGCCUACUUCUGCGCCAGCGUCUACGUCGACGAGGCGAAGGCUGGCACAUAGGCGGCAGACGGAGCAGUGUGCCAAUGAUGCCAUUGCGGGCCUCAACGCUCUCCAUCCUCCGUGCGAGCAGCGUGGGCCCAUCACGGCGGCUCAGCGGCUUGCUACCGCCACCAUUUUGAACGAGGUCAGAAUGGCCCCGAAGUCUGACACUCACGUUUCUCGCCGUGGAGCCGCGAAGGAGCUCCUGGCCUCCAGCCUGUCCUACACCGCGGACGAGGCACCGAGUCCCGUGGUAAGGUACGUCAGAUCCCGAGUCGACAUCCCAGAAGUGGGUGCGGUCAUACCUCCUGUUGAGUCGGUGCUCGACGGGAUCGGGAGGAGCUACGUGCUGGACUACGAGCAAGCCAUGUUGAAGACUCCUGACGAGUGGUCCCGCGUCUUGGAUAGCGAGCCGCCCGUCACCCCCUACAUGGAUGAAGUUUUGAAGCGUGACCCAGUGGCAUACCACACUUUCAUCGGCGACCUGGUGAAGGCUAACAUGCUGGGUUUCACGUACCGCCCGAAGGAUUUAGUCACUCCCUUUUUCGUGGCCAAGAAGAGUGGAGCGCAGCGUCUAGUGUGGGACGCUAGAGUGCCAAAUCGACGUUUUCGCGACCCGCCGCCGCUGGCCAUGGGGACAUCGGCGGCGUACGGUCGCCUACAGCUACCUGAUGAUCGUAAGGAGGACGGCAGCUUCAACACCAAGCUUUUCUGCGCCCAGGCUGACGUGCGCAACUACUUCUACGCUCUCGGCCUGAGGGAGGAGCUGGGACUGUUCUUCUCGCUGCCUCCGGUGUCGCAGGCUUCGUUGUCGCAAUGGGGGGUUGAGGCAGUGGGCACUCCCGAGGGCCCCUCGGGGGGCUGGGUGUGGCUGUUCCUGCGGGUCGUUCCGAUGGGCUGGUCUUGGGCUUUCUGGCUUGGGCAGCGUGCGAAUGCGCACGUCUGCUGCUCUGCCUCGGGGCUCGGGUUCCCGCGGGUGCUGACCGAUCACGGUCCGGUGCCCCCGCUCGACGGGGGGGUCCCUUGCCUCCUCCCCUAUUGCGAUAACAUCAACGUCAUCGGCACCGACCCUGUCAGAUGCAAUGUUUUGAUGCACCAGAUCUGCGACGCCUGGAGGAAGCAUGGCGUGCAGAUUCACGAGGUGGUCGAGGCCACUGACGUCUUCACCAGCCUCGGCCGUCUGAUCGACGGCGCGUCUGGGCGAGUUUUCUCACGGCCCGAGCGCUCCGAGCGCCUCCGCCAAGCUUCACUGUGGCUAGAGCAGCGCCCUAGAGUCACGGGGAGGGAGGUGGAGAGGUACGUGGGUCAUCUCAUUGAUCAUCUGAUGCUGAAGAGGGAGCUGCUCUCGAUCCUCAGGAGUUUAUAUGAUUUCGUCAGAGAGUGCUAUCACGUGCGAGCCCGUCUCUGGCCCUCGGCUGCCCGCGAAGUCGAGCAGUGCCGUCGCCUGCUGCCGCUGAUGUCUGCCAACCUUCGGCUUCAGUGGUCGCCGACGGUCUUCGCUUACGACGCGUGUUUGACGGGUAUGGCCACGUGUCAGACAACACUGUCAUCAGAUCUUGUCAAGCGCAUCGGGUCAGUCAGUGAGAGAUGGAGAUAUCGCAUGCCUUCGGCUAUCUCGGCACGCCGUUCUGCUCUGGGAGUCCGUUCUGGAGGCCAUGAGGCCUCGGAGGGGCCGUUCGACGUCUUCAGCGACAUCGAGACCGUCAAGGCCCCCAAGAGCACCAGCAUGGACCUCAUCAAGGACCCCUGGGAGCUCAACCCGCAGUUCACAGAGGUGCCCGUACAGGCUCUGCAGGGCCCCCAGUGGAAGCAGGUGGUCUCGGCCAGGGUUCACGCUGCCUACUCCGUCGCCACUGCGUCGCGGUUCGAGCAUCGGUGGAUACCUUCGGAGCUCAACCCCUCCGAUGAGGGGUCGAGGCGCUGGGAUGCCAAGUCGGGAGGUCGCCCAGCUGCCAGCCCCAAGAUCGUGCAGAAGAGCUUUUUGAAGGGCAGGCCGUUUGUUGGGGCGACGAAGGAGGAGAGGAUUGCUCACCGUCUGCGGGCCUCUGGGCCGUUCACGAUGGUGGGGGAGGACGAGAGGAGCUUCCUGGAGUGGAACGCGGUGGCGCCCGAGACCCAGGCAGACUACAAGGACGCCCUCGACGACUUCCAGACGUUCGUGGACCUUUUCGAGCUGCCGCUGCACACCGCGGCUCAGGUCGACCUGGCGCUGAUGAACUACGCCGAUUACGCCUGGAGCAUCGGGCUCGAGAGAGCCGCCGUCCUGAAAACCUAUGCCGCGUACAUCUCGGCGCACCCCGACUUUUCCCGAAAGGGGUCGCUCCGCCUGCCGCGUUUCUGUCGGGCCCUCCAGGGUUGGAGGCGCCUGGACCCAGGCCAGACGCGCCCGCCCAUGCCCUGGCAAGUGGUCGCGCUGGUCGCGCUGGCGAUGGCCACGCAGCUGGGGCCCCCGCGCGCGGCGCUCAUGGUGGUGACGAUGUUCUGGGUGUACCUCAGGCCCUCCGAGGCCGUCGGCCUUCGCGAGCAGGACCUCUUCCUCCCCUCGGGCUCGUGCACGGACUACGGCUUCAACCUGCACCCCAGCGCGAGGGGCGAGUACAGCAAGACCAGCUUGUCGGACGAGAGCCUGCUCCUCGAUUCGGUCGAGGUGCCCUGGCUGGGCCCGCUGCUGGCGCGCGCGAGGUCGGGGGACCCGCAGGCGCCGCUGUUCCGUCUCACCGCCGCGCAGCUGGGCGUCAUGUGGCGUCAGUCGCUGGAGCUGGCCGAGGCCCACGCGCUGGCGCAGCAGGAGCUGGCGGCACUCCCAGUCGACGUCCGCCGCAGGGCCGAGGCGGCGCCCGCGAAGCUGCACGCCGAGCUCGAGAGGCCGUUCGUCGAGCUCAUGUGCGGCUCCGCCACCUUGGCCAAGGCCGUCCACGCCGCCGGCUGGGCUUCGGAAGGCUGGGACUAUGCUGACGACCCGCGAGCCGACCUUCUUGAUGAGUCCCUCGUCGACAGUCUGGUUUUGAGGAUCUCACGGAAGGAAGUCGCAGGGGUGCAUGUCGGCCUGGACUGCAAAACGUGGAGCCGGGCAAGGAAGAACGAUGGACAGGGUCCGCCGCCGCUCAGGGACGAUGCGAAUUUGCACGGCCUACCUCUGCUGGCGGCGGCAGACGCUGAGAAGGUGAGGAUCGCCAAUCGUCUGCUCGCUAAUGUUCUGCGCCUGCUGGCGGCGGCCGUCGAGGCGGGAGUCCCCUUCUCUCUCGAGAGCCCUCGCACGUCUCGCCUCUGGCUGGUCCCAAAGCUGCUGGACAUGGCCCGCGACGCUCACGCCGAGUGGGCUUAUGUUGAUUAUUGCCAGUAUCAGGUCAGCGCCAUCGUGCUGCCCUGUCACCGCCUGCCGCUCGUUCUCUUGAUUUGCUUCGAAGCAGCGGAGCAUGCCGAAGCCCUGCCGGCCCUGCCGGCCUUGCCGGCCCUACCGGCCCUGCCGGCCCUGCCUGCCCUGCCGGCCCUGCCGGCCCUGCCGGCUUUGCCGGCCCUACCGGCCCUGCCGGCCCUACCGGCCCUGCCGGCCCUGCCGGCCCUGUCGGCCCUGUCGGCCCUGCCGGCCCUGCCGGCCCUGCCGGCCCUGCCGGCCCUACCGGCCCUACCGGCCCCGCCCUGCCGGCCUUACUGGCCCUACCGGCCAUGCCGGCCCUGCCGGCCCUGCCGGCCGCUGCCGGCCCUGCCGGCCCUGCCGGCCGCUGCCGGCCCUGCCGGCCGCUACCGGCCCUGCCGGCCGCUUACCGGCCCUGCCGGCCUCUGUUUUUUUCUGGGUCGCCGAGGCGGCUCCGCCCUGUGGCACAAGAACAUCAAGAACGCCGUCCUCGCGAGCAUCAUCAAGACGGGGAGCCUCGAGGGCAUCAAGUAUGAGGGCAUCGUCCACCGCAAGUACAAGCGGCGAGGCGAGCUGCUCUGCGCGAUCUUUUACAAGACGCACGUCGAGCAGAGCACCGAGAUGCUCGACGGCUUCGACGACCAAGACACGAGCGUCGAGAAGUUGUUCGGCAUUUUGCCGAGCUUCCGAGCGGAGCUGCACGACGAGGCCAAAACGCACGACGCUUUUCUCGGCGAUAAGGCCGAGAAGAUGCCCGAGGGAGCCGCGACCGAGGUCGUCAAGCAGGCCCUCGGCGAGGCCCCCCAAGAUCUGCAAGCGCUGCACGAGGCGACGCCCCCAGUGGACAAGCAAUUCAAGCCGCUCUUGCCGAGCGGCAGCGCCGAGCAGGGCAAGGGGCAGUUCGAGUCGGUCGCGGUCGUGCCAGAGAAGGCAAAGAACUACUUCGACGCCUUCAAGCAGUUUUGCCUCGAGGAUCAAGCAAACGAGCGCAUCUGCAUCGCGAAUGCCAUCGUUGCGCGGCGCUGGCAAGUCUCCAAGGCCCCCCAGAAGAAUGACGAGCUCGAAGAGCACAAGUACACCGCCAAGCGCCUCAAGCGCGACGAGGGCCCCGAGGACAACAAGAAGCUCGAGCAUCAGAAGAUGUUCUUCGACAUGUACAUCAAAAACAAGUCCCCGAGCUACUCCAGGAUCAACACCGAGUGCAACGAGAUGGCGGCCGAGAAGACGCGCAAGCAGGAGUUCGAGAAGUCCGAGGGUGGAGGUUUGAGCCGAGCAGGCCCAGCGCGAGGCUCCAUCGAGGACCCUUUCGGCAACGAGGCCCUGCCGUGCCGGUAG